CUCUGAGUGGUCGUUGGAAGUUUCAAAAAGCGUUAAUAUGAGUGCUAGGCAAUUUUUCAUCCAGCUUUACAUGCUAUCCUUUCUUAUCAUUCCCAACACCAAUGGUCUGCUGAGUAACUCCUUGCGACAAUCAAAUGAUCUUUUCGAACCGAGCAAUGUUCUCAACAGCUUCCUAUCCUACGAAGACAUCAAAGAGUUUAUGCUCCUUACGGCACAACAGUUCGCGGACAGGGCAAGCGUAGAAAAGCUUGGCGAAACUGCGCUCGGUCGCGAUAUCGACAUGUUCGUCAUCAAUCCGCGCGCUGCGAAAACGGUCAUCCUGGUAGCGAACCUUCACGCACGCGAAUGGGCCACCACAACUUCCGCCCUUUACAUCAUAACCGAGCUGCUGUACUAUGGUGAAAAGUACCCGGAGCUGAAGGAUAUUCGGUGGAUGAUUAUGCCGCUAGCGAACCCGGAUGGGUACGAGUACACCAGAGAGAACGAUCGCUACUGGAGCAAGAAUCGAUCUCCACAGGCCGGUGGAUCGGUCGGUGUCGAUUUGAACGCGAACUUUGCGCACAUGUGGGACAAGAACGAUAAGCCGGGCACUCCAGAAGAUCGAACGUAUCGUGGUCCAAGUGCCGCAUCCGAGGCGGAAACUAUCGCCAUUAGUACCCUGCUGGAAGAUUUCGCUUUCGACACCAUCUUGUACGUCGAUAUGCAUUCGUUCGGAAAUCAUAUAUUUUACCCGUGGGGUUUUACGAGUGAACCAGCGCCGGACGCUAAGGUGGUGAAAGCUGUUGCAUUUGCCGGAGCGGAUGCGAUUCGGGCUAGGUUUGAAGAGUAUUACACCGUAGGUACGCCGUCCGCUUUGUUCAAGAGCGUGUUUGGAACCAGUCUGGACUACUGCCACGUUCUGGCGAUAAAUGCGUGCGUUUGGCUUGAGAUGACCAACAGUGGGUUUCAAUUUGGCGAAGAUAGGAUUGUGAGCUACGGGGAAGAAGCUUGGGAAGGUAUUCGGGCGAUGGCAAUCAAAGCGGAUGAGUUGUCUAAUCUGUUGUAAUUCAUUUUACAAUUUGAAUCGGUAAAUAUACAAUGGGAAUUUAGGCUGAAUCAUCAGAAAUUACUGUACUGACUAGAUUUUAUGUACUGACUUAAAUUACCUUUAGCUGGAUAAUCAAGUCCUGCGUACGAUUUUG